CGCUGUUCCGGCGUGCAAGUCCUUGGCAUUAUAAAUACGCAUUAGACGAGUGUGGAGCAAGCCAUGUACAGAUAUCAUGCGUCGAUACAUUAAUGAGACCUCGAUUAGUUGGAGGCCAGAGCAAUUCGACUGGUCUACUUGAAGUAUGGUAUAAGAAAACAUGGAAAAAGGUUUGCAUUGUUAAAUAUAAGAACUCAUUAUACCCAAGUAGUAAGGAUGUAGCCGAAGCGGCGUGCUACAGUCUGGGGUAUAAGUAUAGUAAAGUUGGAGCACACGGUUCAUUUGAUCAAAAGCGAGAACAAGGCCGAACCAAAGGCAUUUCACUCGAAUGCUCAUUUAAUUUCGAGGGCCUGCACAGAUGUAGUGUUACAGAAGCGUAUUGUCAUGACUACAAGAUGUAUUUCAUUUCCUGCUUCGACCAACAGCCAGAACUAACAGAUUUCGUUGACAUUAAAGAUCAAGUUCGUUUUUACUUUUGGCACGAUUACCACUCAAAUGCUGGAGUUCUCGUGAUAAACUCAGAGCAUAUCGAGACUCACUAUAAGAUAUAUUAUGAUCAAUUCUUUAUUUGUGGUACGGGAUGGGGCAUCAACGAGGCGAGAGUUGCAUGUCGACAUUUAGGAUAUGAUCCAAAGAAUGCUGCAGCCGACACAUUCUCUAAGUAUACUUGCUAUGCCUACGAACCUGAUGCUCAAAACAAGACACCGAGUACGGCUAUUUAUAUGAGCGACGUUGUCUGCAGUGGUGAUGAAUACAAUCUGGCUGAUUGUUCAUUCAACUAUGGUGACAAUGCAUCAUGUCCUGAUGGAACAAGAGCAAGUGUUAUAUGCGAUGAGGUUAGCGUUCGACUGAGAAGUGGUAAAACGGCAAAAUCGGGAAUAGUUGAGAUUCGUAUUGGCCGAAUGUGGUGGAGGAUAUGCUCUUCAACAUGGGAUGUGAAUGAAGCUAAGGUCAUUUGUCAACAGCUUGGUCUACCAUAUGGAAACGUUUCAACAUAUGAAAGAAAAUUUCGAAAGGAUGAUUGGUCAUUCAUU